AUGGCACCCGAUGUCGCCAGCGCGGCUCCCUCGCGGGAAACCUGCCAGAACGAGUUCGAGUCGGCCAUCGCCAUGACGCUGCACCUGUGGCAGCCGCUCUCGUUUGCGGUGGAGAACCACCUGGGCGGUGGCGACGGCUCGGACAAGCGUGACUGGUUUGGUGGCGCGGUGGCCGAGCUGUUUGAGGAGUCCUGGAUCUGGACUUUGGCCGCGCCGCCCAGCAGCGCCCAGGCCGAGGACCUGCUCAUGGACGCCGAGGCCCGCCUGAUCCAGAUCAUGGACGACGAGUUCGACACCGUCGUCGACGACGGCAGCGCCUACGACAUUGCCAAGCAGAUCGUCGACCUCUGGGCCCAGUGCCGCCGCGGCCAGUUUGCCAACGUUGCCGACCUGCGCCGCCGCUGGGAGGCUUCGCGAGGUCGCAGCGUCUCGGGUCUCUUCCAGGCCGCGCGGACGGGCAACGACGACGACGAGUGGGGCACCGACGACGACGAUGACGACGAUGAUGAUGAAGACGCCGAUGAGGACGACAAGGACGGCGGGGCUGACGUCAACAUGGACGAGGCGCCCGCGCUCGUCGAUCGCGAGAAGAAGGCGGCGCCAGAGGUGGAUGAGGACGGCUUCACAACGGUGACGCGUAAGAAGAGGUGA